AUGAUGAGUCGCUUUUCCCCCCAAUAUGCCAGGAGAGGCAAGCGUAAAUUACUCCUCCUCCCCAAGGUAGGCAAAUCUCAUUUCACCGGAGUGGCUCACAAAAUACACCAGCUGGAGAAGCAGCUAAGCAUAUUUGAAAAAUUAAUACACAUAGGCAAGUACCACAUAGGGAAAGAAGAAGAAUUGAAGGAGGGGGAGGAAAAAGACGGGUUACUACUACGUACCAAACUGAUGAGUAAGCAAAAUUUAAACAAAUACAAAGAGUGCAUAAAAGCAGAUUAUAACAGAUUAAAAAAGGAGUUAGAAAAUGAGAAGGAGAAUUACAUCAAGGGGAGGUACCAGGAGUACCUAUUCGAUUGCGUACAGAAAAAUAAUUACUCCGAUUUAAUCAUAGCAGAUGUCGUGUACGAAAAGGAGAAAAAAAUUUUAUGUGUGGGCGAAGGAAAUUUAUCCUUUAGUACUUUACUUCAGAGGGAGUUGCGUCCAUGUCAAGUAGUGGCCACCUCCAUGGAGAGUCCAAAUGUGUUGCUAAGAAACUGUGGUAGUAUUUUUUCGAAGAAUUUAAAAAUAUUAGAAUCUUGUGGAGGUAUCUAUGUUCCAGAAAUUGAUGUGGAAAAAAUUGGAGAGCAUUUUCUACACAACACAUUUGACGUUAUCAUUUUUAAUUUUCCAUUCGUGCUUCCGCCAGAUGAUUUUAUACAAACCAAAUGGAACAUACAAAAGGAAAAGCUCCACAGCGACAGGAAUAUCUUUCUCAAGUAUUACAAAAAGUCCGAGUACCUCCUACUCAAUCGCUUAUUUUAUUGGCUAUUUAAAAAUGCUUCUCUUCUCCUUAAGGACAAUGGCUUCCUACACCUUCGCGUCAAUGACAAGUACUUAACAUGUGACUUUUCCAAUACGUUUUCUUUGUCCCUUGUGGAGAAGGUUGAUUUUUCUGCAUCCUAUUUCAUUUAUAAGUCACUGAGGUAUGUCCCUAGCAUGAUGAAUGCUUGUGGGUCUUCCUCGAAGGGUCCUCCGAGCUGGACAAAAAAUGUUAUGUUCACCCCACGGGGGAAGGUCUUCAGGAGCUUCAAGAUGGGCCACACCUCCACGCUGGUCUUUCAGAAGGGGGGCAACGACGGUAGCGGGGGCAGCGGCGAAUAG